UGUUCCUCCAUCCACGAUCAACAUCAUUCCCUCAGAAGGCACAGUUCCCCAUAUUUCGAAAGUGCGUCGUCGUCGUCGUCGUCAACAACCCGCACAAUAGCCAAUGGAAGCGGAAAAGGAGAGGAACCGCAUCCGGGAUAAUCAGCGCCGUUCGAGGGCUCGAAAGAAAGAGUACGUUCAAGAAAUUGAGCAACGUCUUCGGCAAUGCCAACUUCAAGGUGUCGAGGCUUCUGCUGAAGUACAGCAGGCAGCACGCCGAGUUGCGGAUGAGAACCACAAGCUUCGGCAACUCCUUCAACAUGUGGGCUAUGGCGACGAAGUCGUUGAACAGUACAUUCAAACCGGCAAACUAGGCUCUCCAAGUCAUCGCAGCCUGCAUACUCCAAACACAAGCGGCAACUUGGUCCCCGACAAAUCGACAGAAACGUUGGAGGGCCUUUUAGUUCCACGGCGGCCACCAUGUCUCGAUAUUCAGAUGCCAAUUCUGCCAACGAGCAGACAUACCAGCCCAGACCGAACUCUUUCAUAUGGUCCUACGCCAGACUCGCCGGUCGAGGAGUAUGGUUCUCCAUCGGAAUCUGUCCAUCAAAUCCAUGCCUCGGCGGUUGUUUCACCGACAGACUUUGGUUCUCAACAGGUCUACGCUCGCGCCGGCGACAUGAAAAACCGAGAUUACGCAGGUCAUCAUCACCGCCCACUAACGGUCGAGUGGGCAAAUACCCACCAAAAUCAGUCUACCCAUGGUAUUUCAUCAAAUAUUCAGGGAUUCGGGGCGAAUCAGACGCUCGAUUAUCAUCCGCCAUUCCCGGGCAUCAAUCCUUCAGCAGGCAUGCUACCCCCAACAUGCGGCGGACCGCCCUCCGUGCCGUACACCGCGUACCAGACUUUUCACCCUCAGCAGCCGACGUUCAUCGCAGCUGCUACUAGUCAUAUCGGACACGUCUCCGUCGUCGAAGCGGAUCCUGCUAUGGAAGAUCGCAAACCGCAGUACAGAGGACACCCAGAUGACCAUUCUUGGCAAUACAAUACCCGACACAAUUGAUGCGGAUUCGAGCGUUGUUCUUUGAGGAACUUGACGCAGUUUUAGAACCUUCUAAACAAGACUUUCUACCGCGUAGACGAAGCCAAGACCAAUAAUGGAGAGCGGAUGUGCUGAAGUCAGCCAAGGAGUCUAAGCCCCGUUGGAAAUCCGAUGGAACAAUCAGUCAAACAAUUUGGCUG